UGUGUUGGAUAAUGGAUACUAUCUGCUCCGUCAGGACAGUGCUGUAGCAGAAGAAAUUGGCUACGAUGAACCCCAAAAACCCUAGAAAAUGGCGGUUCACAUGGGAAGCUCAAUCUCACGCCCCGAACCUAAAGCUGUUCGUCUUCGAUGCGCAUUCCAGACCUUCUAAAGAUUGCCAUAACCUCUCCGUGAAUCUGAAGCUCUCACAGUCCCACGUUCUUGUGAGCUGGACGGAGGAGGACGGCGGCGGGAAUGUCUCACUGAAGAUUCCGAUUCCCAAGGUCCUGAUCGACCCCGAGGUUCCGGUUAGCUUCAGAGCUUUGCACGACCACAUUGAAGUUAAAGUGGUGCUUCUCCUUCCAGUUGAUCAUCCCAUCGUAUCGAGAUUUGAUUCCGUGCUUAAUUUGAGCGACGAUGGUGGAGUUAUGGAUGGAAUAAACCCCCUCGUUAUGAAUUCUGACUUGAAGAGUUUGUCAUCAACCCAAGGAGCAAACUUUUACUGCAGACGGUGCUCUGCAAAAUUAACGAAAAAAGCCAUUAGGAAUUUCGAGGAAAUGCCAUCAGUUAAUUGGAGAGAAGUUGCUGAUAACUGGUUUGGAGGCUGUUGCUGUUCAUAUGGAGGUGCAGGUGAGGUGUUGGUGAAUAGCUUUGCUGAUGGCUAUGGUUGCAGAAAAGGUGUGGGUUUGUUGAGCUCUCCCGCUGUUAUUCUGUGCAUGGAUGAUAUCCUGGGGUGUGAGCCAAGGCAUCAACCUUUAGAUAGGGGUGGUGGCUUGAGUAGAGAGCUGGAUGAUAAUGGAACUGAUCAUGCAAGUGUGGAUGAGAAUCAAAAUGAACUGGUGGGGGAUUCUCCAACACUCUCUGGAGAUGAUCAGUUAUCUGGUGGAUCAACCUCUAGGAAUAUGUCGGAAAGUGCGACUUGCUGUGAUUCAAAAUGCCAUGGGCAUGAGGGGCUUGAACCUUCCAAAGUGGACGUUGAAGCUACAAGAGCAACAAAGUUCACAGAAGAUCAGAAGUCAUUCUUGAAUGGUUUUCUUGGAGAUGCUUUCAUGGUUAGAUCCUACAGCCGUUCUGUGGAUAUAGAGUGGAAAGAAUUCUUUUGCCCUCAGUGUUCAUCUCUUCUUGGAGCCUAUCCCAGCACUACUAGUGGGCAUAUCCCUAUAGAUAACGGUAUCCGGCUCUUCAAGUGUUACAUCUCUAGUUGCUUGCCGGUUUGUGCGCCAAGUGACAUUUUCAGGAGGUAUACAUUGGAAAAGAUGUUCACGAAUAUGCUAGUCGAAAAUGCGAAAGAUGAAUUAUCAUAUAGGACUGUUGUAAGGGAUUUGGCCACCAGAUCCCCGAUGCUACAAGUUGUUUUGUUAAAUCUGAAUUCAUGGUGCUGCACUGGCAUUUGCUGGGAUGAUCGAAGCCCUGUGGAACCAGUUUUAAAGUUGAAUCUAAAACCCAUUAUCAAAGUCCUGUUUUCCAGUUCUAGCAAAACUACUGAAUCUUCUGUAAGGUUGCUCGAAGACUGGAUGGUCAAGCAUGCAGCAGAAGAAGCUUUUGUCAUAAAACCUCUAAUUCACGAGCUUAUGGAAACCAUGGAAUCUUCCAAGCAUAAUCUUCCAUAUUCUCCAAUCCAAGUUGAAAAUAUGUCCUUGGCAACCCUCUUGAGAUAGCCCUGCGCCUCUCCAGUUUUCCUGGACGAUGUUCAGUUCCAUUAAUUGUAGUUGUAGCUUAAGGAUCAAAUCCUUGAGGAUAGACUAUAGAGAAUGUAUUUGCAGUAGCAUGAAACUGGCCGGAGAAAUGGUGCAGUUGUUUCGCAGUGUCAAUACAACAGAGAAGAUUGGAAAGAUGGGGAAAAAGAACUUCUGAACGAUAGUUCACUUUCUGUAUUACAGCAUCUGAAAUGCUAGAGUGUUCAACACGUCAAUAACAGAGUUAAAUUGAAGGAUCUUUCAACUUUGUUCAUUUCCCUACUAGUCCUGAACUAAACACGAUUUCUGAACCUCUCACAAUAAUUUCUUAUCAUCCUGUUCUGCAACUUCUUCCUCUGUCGACUUAGUUACUUCUUGUUUGAUUACCACUUCUUCCUUUGUGAACAACUUGCUGUUCUCACUCUCGCUCUCUUUUGUCUUCAUGAACUCAACAAGGCUUUCCAAGGCAACUUCGGGCUUAUCAGAUUUCAUCAGCUGCUGAGCGACCUCUGCCGGAGUAGUCGGAAUCUUCUGCAUCAGAUCUUCGACGCACUCGUAAAGUGAGUGCUCUUGAAUCCCCAGAUACCUGGCUGCCAACACUCUGAAUGCUGCUGGAGUACAGUGACCCAUAUAGAGAUGCACAUCCAUUCUUCCAGGGCGCAACAUAGCUGGAUCGAGCUUCUCCUUGUGGUUCGUCGUGAAGAUUAUGAUCCUCUCAUCUCCACAAGUCGACCACAACCCAUCAAUGAAAUUCAGCAACCCAGACAGCGUGACCUGUCAUUUGAUACUAUUAUCAGCCAGAGGCAAAAAAAGAAACAAUGGAAGGAGAGAAAUCAGAAGAGAGUUUUUGGUCUUACCCCAGGGUCGUCGAAAGGAAGCCUGUCCUUGGUCUCAUCAUCACUUUCAUCAGGAUUCUCCUUGUCAUCCCGAGUAGCUCGAGGCUUGGUUGACUUGGAGCUGCAGUCAACGUCCUCGAUCAGAAGAAUGGAGCGGUUGGUGGUGGCAGUAAGCACCCGCCGCAGCUCCGAGUCAUUUUUAACGCUCUGGAGCUGAAGAUCAUAGAUGUGGAACCUGAGAUAGUUAGCAAUGGCGGCAACCAGGGUCGAUUUCCCGGUCCCCGGAGGCCCGUACAACAGGUACCCUCUCUUCCAAGCUCUGCCGACGCUCUGGAAAUACUCUUUCCUCUGGAUGAACGUAUCCAGGUCGUCGAUGAUCCGCCGCUUGGCUUCAGGCUCCAUAGCCAGAGUGUCGAAGGUUGCAGGGUGCUUGAAAACGGUGGAUUCCCAGCUGGAGCCGUCGUUGUCGUAGGUGUGGAUGUUGAGAACCUCCCUGUGGUUGAAGAUCUUCUGAGCUUCUCUGCAAAUGUGAGGGAGGUAAGUCUCCAUGACCCUGUCUUUGUCCUUUUUGCUGCAUCUCAGCUCGUACCAGUGGCUGUGGCGUGGGUAGAACUUCUUGGUCUCUUUCUCGUGGAGGGUCCACUCGAGCUUCAUGCCCUGGAAGUGGUCGAAGACUUUGGCCUCGACGGGGAUCCCGGACUGCGGCGGCGCGGCGGUGUUGUUGGUGUCGUUGUGGCCGAGAAGGAGGCGGUUGGUGGCCGGGCCGGCUCUGGUGGGGAGGUAGGCUUGGACGGCGCGGAAGGUCUCGUUGGUGACGGCGUGCCACCGGUCCUCUAUGACGAAGGUGAAGCUGGUGGAGAAAUGGGUGGAGACGAGGUCGGAGAAUUUGGCGGCGAUGAAGUGGCGGACGGGGCGGGGGAGGGCUUCGUUGAGGAUGGUGCGGAUGAUCAUGGCGAGGGCGGAGAAGGAGGCGUAGAAGGAGAGGAGGGAGGAAAUUGAGGGGAGCUUGAGGUCUCCGGCGAACAUAGACGCCAUUUUGGAAAGCUCGGUGGACGGUGGGUUUUGGGGGCUUGCUUUGAUUUAGAGGUGGAUGAAGGUCACACUCACAUAUAUAAAGAAAGCACCAUGGUUGGGGACUUGGGGUAGGGCCGUAGGGGUGAUAGAGAAAAUGGUGUGUUGCUUGGCCGUCAAGAAGUUUGACUAAACCAAAUGGGGAAAAUCAAAAAUGAAAAGAAAGAUGGUAAAUACAUCGUU